ACAAAUUGCAAGAAUGCCGGGCUCUAUUGCUGUGAUUGGUUCUCUGAACAUUGACUUCAUCACCCGCACUCCUCGCGUGCCAGCUGGAGGUGAAACGCUCGAAGCCAGCUCUUCGGAUACUGGCUUUGGCGGCAAGGGUGCAAACCAAGCAGUAGCAUGUGCUAGAUUAUCACGCAACAGUGAUGGCUCAACGCCAGCCGACAGCACACCUAUCAAGGUCAGCAUGGUCGGCUUUGUUGGCGAAGAUUCGUUUGGUUCAGACUUCGUUUCUGCCAUGAAGGAUACCUUCAUCGAUACUACUCAUAUCCAAAAGGUUGUUGGCCAAAAGACGGGAAUUGCCAACAUCAUCGUUGAAGAGAAGACUGGAGAGAAUCGAAUCCUCUUCUGCCCGAACGCCAACUUUUCCGGAGCCGGAGAAGCCAAGGAUCUGGUACCUGAGGAUGCAGACGUUGUAGUCUUCCAAUUGGAGAUGCCUCUUACUCAAGUUGUGCACAACAUCAAGCUUGCACACUCCAAGGGCAAAUACUUGCCCGAGGAUAUAUAUCAGUACAUUGACUGCCUGAUCAUGAAUGAGAGCGAAGCCGACAUUCUCCGCGAAGCCAAAGAAGAGCUGAAGGACGAGGAUCUGCCAGAGAUCUGCGAAGCCUUCUUCAAACGUGGUGUUCCCGACAUGGUUGUUGUUACUCUGGGAGCCAAGUCGAGAACCUCAGGGCACACACCUGGUCGCAAGGCGAAGGUUGUCGACACCACCGCUGCUGGUGACACAUUUGUCGGAGGGCUCGCCGUCGAGAUUGCAAAGAACGGAGGCAAGACUCCUGAAGCGCCCGAGAAGAUGAUCGAAUUCGCAAACUCAGCCGCAGCGCGUACUGUGGAGAAAGCUGGAGCCAUGGCUGCUAUUCCCUGGUUCAACGAAUUA